AUGGGCAUCUCCGGCCUGCUCCCUCUUCUUAAGUCAAUUCACAAGCAAUGCCAUCUCCGACAGUUUGCCGGCCAGACCCUGGGCGUCGAUGCCUAUGGCUGGCUGCACCGCGGCACGGUUGCUUGCGCCAUUGACUUGGCUCUUGACAAGCCGACGCGGAAGCACAUCGACUACUGCAUGCACCGCGUUCGUAUGCUCAUUCAUUUCGGGAUUAAGCCCUACCUUGUGUUCGAUGGUGACCAUCUUCCUGGUAAAGAGGUCACCAACCGGGAAAGAGCUGCCAAACGCAAGGAGAGUAGGAAGGCCGGCACCGAAUUGUUGAAGCUCGGAAAGGCCUCCCAGGCCCACCUGGAAUUGCAGAAGGCUGUCGAUGUCACCCCGGAAAUGGCACGCAUGCUUAUUGAGGAGCUGAAGCUGCUCGGCGUCGACUAUGUUGUCGCCCCGUAUGAAGCCGACUCGCAGAUGGUGUACCUCGAGAAGAAGGGCAUCAUCCAGGGAAUUAUAUCCGAGGACUCGGAUCUACUCGUCUUCGGCGCCAAGUGCUUGAUCACCAAGCUUGACAACUACGGCGAAUGUAUCGCCAUCAACCGCUCAGACUUCACGGCUUGCAAGGAUAUCAACCUUGUCGGCUGGAGCGAUGCGCAAUUCAGGCAGAUGGCGAUCCUCAGUGGCUGCGAUUACCUGCCGAGCAUCAGCAAGAUGGGACUCAUGACUGCCUAUCGCCUCCUUCGCAAGCACAAGACGGUCGAGAGGGUCUUGCGUCAGAUCCAGUUUGAUGGGAAGUUCAAGAUGCCUGCCGGUUAUCCUGAGGCAUAUGCCCAGGCCGAGUUGACGUUCCUGUAUCAGUGGGUCUUCUGUCCUUCAGCUAAGCGCCUGGUACACUUUACAAAACUUGACCCGGACGUCGAGAUGGAGAAGCUUCUGUACAUUGGCCGCUACAUCGAACCUGAAAUAGCGGCUGGUGUUGCGCAGGGAGAGCUUCACCCCAAUACCAAGAGACCUAUCGACCUGCCGCAGUCAUUCCGCGCAAUCAAGCUUCCGACUCCGGUUUCCCGGAGGGUUUCAGCCAUGCAGACGCCUGAUUUGAAGAAAAGCAAAUCCAUCGACUCAUUCUUCAAGCCGAAGCGUAUCCCACUUGCGGAGCUCGACCUGAACUUGUUCAAUCCCUCUCCGAGUCAGCAGCAAACCCUCCAGGAAAAUGAGAACCGCGGCAGCUGGAGUGCUUCACCUGUUCCACCCCAGGCUGCUCGGCCUACUGCAGCCCCCACGUCCGUCCCCCCUCAAUUGUCUCGUAGAAUUGCUUCAGAGCCUUGGGUCACAAGGCGAUCUUCAACGUCGCGCCCAGCAAAGCGACAAAGGCUUUGUUCUGACACAACGGUUCUGCCGGGUGCCGAUGGUAGCUUCAGGGUUGAAAGUGGAACCAGUCGCUUCUUCACAUCCACUGUCGAGCCAAGCCCAUCUAAUCGUCGUUCAAAGUCGAAGAAGAUGGGCGCUCAGGACUUCGAACUGUGGUCCGAUGACUCGAUCGAAGAAGCUAUGAAGGAUCUGCCUGAUCCGAGCCAAACUACGACCGAGUCCAAGGCGUCUCAGACCAGCAGGACGUCAUCACUGAAGCGCAGUCUUUCCACGUCACUCGGUCUGGAUUCUCAAGACACAAAUGGCUCUUCCACCCCUGCUACGUCAUCCGAUAGUCAGAGUGCUCCUUGCGAGACCCAGACAACAGAGACCGAAACCCAGGAUGUUGGCGACUUUAAGGAUCUGGCCAGAAUGUUUGAGCAUAAGCCCGCCUCCCAGAAGCGGUCUCAAUCAUCCAGACUGGCUGAGGAAUCUUCCUGGAGCAAAAAGGGCGAUGAAUCUCUCAGCUCGAUCUCUGCCACAUCUGAGGACUCCAAGGUGGAGUUGGAUUCUUUGGCCACAUCACACCAAGUUUCCAGUUCUAGUAAAGACGCAGACAUCUUUGACGAUGACGACUGGACUGGUAACGAUGCGGAGAUUGCCGUGCCUUGCAGCAGUCAGGCUGAGCCGGUGGAUGACGUGACGCCGAAGGCCUCCAAGCAAUCACCGUUAGACAUGGCUCUCCCGACGACCAAGGGCAGCGAGGACCUUGACAUCAUCCCCGAUAGCGAAAGUGAAGGGGCACUUUCGGAUGUGGAAGACCGUGUGAAGGCCAUGAAGCAGAAGCUUGACCUUGAGCGCUUCAGGUUCGGUGUGAUGAGAUGA